AGCAGGUGGCUGGGCGGAGUCUUCUUCUGACGUAGAACGAUCCAAGAUGGCGUCGAAUAGAUACCAAAACUAGUAAAAUCCUUCCUCUUCUCCAACAAUAAUGUUAACUUUAAUCGUUUUCUGCUUGUUAUACCUUCCAAUAACGCUUCCAUUACCAGAAGAUAUUAAAAUCGGAGGAAUUUUUGAACUUGGGGAUGAAGUUAUGGCACAGGCAUUCAUUGAUGCUGUGGAGAAAGUUAAUGCCGAUGGUAAAUUACUGAAGAAAUCGCGACUGUUAGCCGUUGUAGAGAAAAUAGAGCGUCACGAUAGCUUCCAAGCUUCUAGAAAAGUAUGCGAACUGUUAGGAGAAGGAGUGGCCGCCAUCUUUGGUCCACAAUCUGGAGAAUGCAACUCUGCCGUUCAGUCGACUUGUAACGUUCUAGAGGUACCUCAUAUGGAAACACGUUGGGAUUAUAGUUCUAGAAGGGAUAAUCAUUCCUUGAAUCUGUAUCCUUACCCUACAGCUUUAGGAAAAGCUUAUUUAGAUUUUGUAAAGUUUAAGGAUUGGAAGACGUUUGCGGUACUGUACGAAGAGAGCGAUGCACUCGUAAGGUUGCAAGAAUUGCUCAAGGAUCCAUUUAUAAGAGAGCGUAAGAUUAUAGUAAGGCAAUUCAUGCCCGGUCAAGAGUACAGGAAACUUCUUAAAGAACUAGGAAGGAGCGGGAUUAAGAAUAUUGUACUUGAUGUACCCACUAACCACAUCCAUACGGCAUUGAAACACGCUCAACAGGUUGACAUGAUGUCCGAAUACCAUAAUUACUUCUUAACGUCUCUGGAUAUAGAUACGGUAGAUCUCGAGGAUUUUCAGUAUGGCGGAACGAACAUUUCCGGUUAUCGAUUAGUAGAGCAAGAGAUGCAGCAUACUUCCGUGAUUAAUCAAGUGUGGCAACCGCUAUCUCCUGUACACAAUCAACGAGACUUCGAAAGUACAAUCUUAAGAAACAUAACGACAGAGGUAGCGUUGAUGUACGAUGCCGUUAAAUUGUUGGCCAAAGCGCUAAAUGACUUGGACCAGGGACAGAAAAUUAGGCCAAGACCCCUUUCGUGCGUUACCGAAGAGCCGUGGGUACACGGGAUCUCUCUCAUCAAUUACAUGAGAAUGAUUAACAUCAAAGGUUUGACGUCGGACAUCAAGUUCGAUCAGCACGGUGUCAGAUCAGAUUUUAAGCUGAAAGUUUUGGAGUUAACACACGAAGGACUGAAAGAAGCAGGAGAAUGGAACGUUCACACCGGCUUAAACUUGACUAGUAACUAUUCUAGAGCGUACGAAGAGGCCAUUCAGUCGCUGAAGAACAAGACUUUAACAGUAACUACUUUGUUGAAUGCCCCAUACACCAUGCUUAAGAAAAAUGCGGACUUUCUACAAGGAAACGAUAAAUAUGAGGGUUUCUGCAUAGACUUGUUACACGAAAUUUCCAAGCUUCUGAAAUUCCGUUACGAAAUCAAAUUAGUGGAAGAUAACUCUUAUGGACAGAAAAAUGAUUAUAACGAAUGGAACGGGAUGAUAAGGGAGCUCAUGGAUGGUAAAGCGGAUCUUGCAAUUGGGGAUUUGACCAUCUCUUUCGAUAGGGAAGAAGUUGUGGAUUUUACCAUGCCUUUUAUGAAUUUAGGAAUAAGCAUAUUGUUCAAGAAACCCACCAAGAAAAUGCCCAAGUUAUUUUCAUUUCUAUCACCCCUAUCUCUAGAAGUGUGGGUGUACAUGGCAACGGCUUUUCUUGGCGUUAGUUUGUUCCUAUUCAUUGUGGCUAGAUUUAGUCCUUAUGAAUGGACAAAUCCGCAUCCGUGUAACCAAAACCCCGAUAUACUUGAGAACCAGUUUACUCUGCUCAAUACACUUUGGUUUACCGUCGGGUGCCUCAUGCAACAAGGUUCUGAACUAACUCCAAGAGCUAUGUCCACACGUGUUGUGGCUGGCAUUUGGUGGUUUUUUACCUUGAUCAUGGUGUCCUCUUACACGGCUAAUCUGGCUGCAUUCCUCACUGUGGAACGGCUGGUUUCACCGAUCGAAAGUGCUGACGAUUUAGCUAAACAGACUAAAAUUCAAUAUGGCUGCGUGCUGCACGGAACCACUAAAAUUUUCUUUAGGGACUCCAGCAUCCCUACUUUCAAGCGCAUGUGGACUUUUAUGGAAUCUGCUAAACCGAGUGUUUUUGUCGAAUCCAACGAAAAGGGCAAAGAAAGGGUCAAACAGGGAAAUUAUGCCUUUCUUAUGGAGUCAACGACCAUCGAGUACGUUGUAGAGAGGGACUGUGAUUUAACUCAAAUAGGCGGCUUGCUAGAUUCUAAGGGCUACGGAAUUGCAACACCUUCAGGUAGGAACACACAACAAACGAAAGUAUUAUUUAAAAACACUAAACUUAUCAUCAUCGUCACAGGUUCACCGUACAGGACUGCCCUUUCGAGCGCCAUUUUGAAAUUACAAGAAACAGGGCAGAUCCACAUACUGAAAGAAAAAUGGUGGAAAGAGAAAACAGGUGGGGUAUUGUGUACAAAAGAAGAUUCUACCACAGCAAGUUCCGCUAAUGCACUAGGUCUGGCUAACGUUGGCGGAGUAUUUGUGGUCCUGUUAGCAGGUUUGGGUAUCGCCUGCAUCAUAGCCGUUAUAGAAUUCAUCUGGAAAUCCAGAAAAGUCGCCACCGAAGAAAGGGAACCGUUAUGUUUAGAAUUGUGCCGUGAACUGAAAUUUGCUAUCACCUGUGGCGGAUCGACCAAACCGAUACGGAAAAAACGCGAGCAACGCCAACCAGAAAAUGGCCUGCCUUUCAUGCCCCUCACCGGUUUCAACACAGUAACAACUAAAGAAGCGAUUUCUUGACAUGAAGAGGGCACCCUUCCCCACGAGCCACUCGCAGAUGAUGGAGUUAGUUACUACAGAUACACGCAAUACGACGUGUCCGAUAUUUAGAAUAGUUUAUGAACUAAAAAA